AUGCUGAGCUCCUCCCUGAGCCCCCGGAAUGGCACCUGGACAGAGCAGUUCUUUCUGCUCCUGAGUCUUGGCGCUGCCCUCUACUUGGGCUACUACUGGGCAUGUGUGCCCCAGAGGCCUCACCUAGUGGCUGGGUCCCGGUUUCUGGCCUUCCUGGAGCAGUACUGUCCAAUCACUAUGGAGACUUUCUACCCUACGUUAUGGUGUCUUGAGGGGCGGCUACAAACCAUCUUCCGAGUCUUACUGCAGCCUCGGCUUCCAGUCCCUUACCAGAGUGAAGUCAUCAAAACCCCAGAUGGAGGACAGCUCCUGCUAGACUGGGCUGGCCAGCAUGACAACAGUCAAUACCCUGACCCUGCCACCCAGCCCAUUGUAUUACUGCUUCCUGGUAUUACAGGCAGUAGCCAGGAGACAUAUAUCUUGCACCUUGUUGACCAAGCUUUGAGGGAUGGUUAUAGGGCUGUCGUAUUCAAUAACCGGGGCUGUCGUGGGGAAGAACUGCUGACCCACAGGACCUUUUGUGCCAGCAAUACUGAAGACCUGGAGACAGUCGUGAAUCACAUAAAGCACCGCUACUCCAAAGCACCAUUGCUGGCCGUGGGCAUCUCUCUUGGAGGGAUAAUAGUGCUGAACUACCUGGCACGAAGAGGGCAGGCUGCAGGGUUGGUGGCAGCACUGACUCUAUCUGCAUGCUGGGAUUCCUUUGAGACCACUAGGUCCCUGGAGACCCCACUCAACUCACUGCUCUUUAAUCAUCGCCUUACUGCUGGGCUCUGCCAAGUUGUGAACAGAAACAGAAAGGUGAUGGAAAAGGCAAUCAAUAUAGACUUUGUGCUACAGGCCCGCACAAUCCGCCAAUUUGAUGAGCGCUACACAGCUGUGACCUUUGGAUAUAAAGACUGUGUUGCCUACUACCAGGCAGCAAGCCCAGGAACCAAAGUCGAUGCCAUCCAGACACCUGUGCUAUGCCUCAAUGCAGCUGACGACCCCUUCUCCCCAGUCCAUGCCCUUCCACUACAGGCUGCCCGACAAUCUCCCCAUGUGGCACUGCUCGUCACAGCCCAGGGUGGCCACAUUGGCUUCCUGGAAGGGCUGCUCCCCUGGCAGCACUGCUACAUGAGCCGCCUCUUCCAUCAGUAUGCCAAAGCCAUCUUUCAGCACCCAGCAGAGCUGCUCAGCCUCAGGGCUCUCUCACCUUAAGGGAGGCAAGAGCUGACA